ACGUCAUCGAGUUGUCACUGUACGAGCCUCGCCUCUAGCAAUUUUACAUGUUAUGUUUAGGUGAAAACAAAUUUUUAAUCAAAAUAAUACGAGCUACGCCAGAUUUGAAUGUUAAAUAUUCGAAAACCAGCAAUAACUCGUGAAUAAUAAGAUAAAUCAGCGCACGCCAUUGUUAGACAAAACGUUAAUGUCCCCGUGAAAAUAGUCUUCCUGAUGUCGUCGCGACGCUAACAACGGCCGACGCCAUGACGUCGGGCAAUUCGACGGCGGCCGAGACGGCGUCGCUGGCGUCGGAGGCCUCGACGCUGCUCGACGGCAGCGUCAUCUCGACGGUGCCCGAUCGGCACGGGUUCCUCGGGGGCGCCCAGUAUUCGCCGGAGCCGCGCCAGGGCCCGCCCGCCGAGACGGUGCUGCGCAGGGAGCGCAAGUGGCUGAAGAUGCUCUCCCAGUGGAACUUCUACAUGGACACCAAUUACAGGAAGGUGAAGGAGCGCUGCAGGAAAGGUAUUCCGCAAUCGGUUCGCCCGAGGGCCUGGUUGUACUUGUGCGGUGGUAAAGUGUCGCUGGAGAAGCACCCGCACAAGUACGAGGAUUGCUUGAAGGUCGAGGGGGAUCCCAAAUGCAUCGAGGACAUCAAGAAGGACAUUCACAGGCAAUUUCCGUUGCACGAGAUGUUCAGUUCGGAGGAUAAACCGGGGCAACAAGAAUUGUUCAACGUGUUGAAAGCGUACACCGUCCAUUUUCCCGACAUCGGUUACUGUCAGGCGCAGGCGCCGGUCGCCGCCUUCCUGCUGAUGCACAUGCCCGCCCCCCAGGCCUUCUGGUGUUUGGUGUCCAUAUCGAACAAGUACCUCGAGGAUUACUAUUCGCCCAGCAUGGACGUGGUCCAAAGGGACGGACUCAUCUUGCAAGGUUUGUUAAAAAAAGUUUGCCCGCCCGUGUACAGGCAUUUGAAGAAAGUGAACGCAGAGCCGAUGUUUUACUGCACCGAAUGGUUUCUGUGCGCCUUUACGAGAACCUUACCGUGGGACACAUUGCUCAGAAUUUGGGACAUAUUCCUCUGCGAAGGGGUGAAGGUCCUCUUCAAAACGUCCUUGGUCAUUCUCAUAGGAUGUUUGGGGACGCCGAAGAGCAGGAAAAUGUGCCCGGGACUGUGCGAGACGCUGGCCAGGAUACGGAAUCCGCCGGAGAGCAUACUGGCCGAAGAAAAUCUUAUUUAUAAUGUAAAUAGACUGGACAUAACGGAGAGGGAUUUUCAGGAGCAGCACCAAAAGCAAACCAAACGGAUCAGGAUCGAUAAGGCGAACGCCAAGGCGGCUGCGGACGGAAAACUCAGGUAAUAUUGGAGCUCAUUUUCUCGGCUACAAAUGCAAGAAACGUUACAGUAUUGAAUUCGUCAAAAUAAACAAAUGGAAAGCACAAAUUUAUGAAACCCGCCCCAUUUUAAAUGGGGAAGUAUUUUUGAAGAUAAAAAUUUUUAUUUACGCAUGUACCUAAAACAAAGUUGAUAUUUAUCGCGCAUCUAUUUUUUGAUAAAUACAAUUUGAAUGUGUAGAUAUUAAGGAUAAAUUUAAUAUACAUACUAAUUUAUAUAUAUAAAGGUUAUUUAUCGAUUUGUUCAAUGCAUUUAUCAAUGUUUUUUUAAUAUAAAUUCGUGCAAUAUACAGGUAGAUGCAAAAUUGUUUGCAAUAUAGAAUGUGUGUGGGUGCAACAAAGACAACUUCCAUUAGACUCAUUUAAAGGAAAAGGAAAGAGUGAUAUUGCAACUUUCUCACUCUAACCACUGUUAUUUUAAUAAUCUUUCUUUGUUUAACUCAUAGAAUUGAUCGUAUAUUGCAAACAAUGUUGCACUUAUGUGUAUAACUUACAGGACGGUUCUUUUUUAAGAAUUCGUUCAGUAAAUUAAUUAUUCUAGUUUCACUUAUAAGUUUAAUUUGUAUAUUAGAAAUCUAUGUAAAAUACAGCGGAAUAUAAUGUUUUUUUUGUAUUAAUUUUAUCGCAUUUUCUGCUGUGCUAUAAAUAGGGUAAGGUGGCACUUUGCAAUAAAUUUCCGUUUUAUUAUUUAAGUACAUAUUUCGUUACCAAAGUCAAUGUUUAAUUUGCUCGUAAUAUAAUAAACAUGUUUUUCUAAUUAA